GGAGCCGCGGGCCGCCGCUUCCCUGCCUCGCCGCUUGCCCGGGCCCCCUGGCUGGGCCCAAACAGGAAGAUGGAGUGUCAGAAAAUUACCAAUUUCGGAAACCAGCUUCUUCGUCGGAAAAAUGUGGACUGCACUCGAGAAGACAGUCGCCUCUCGCGAUGCCUUAACACAUUUGACUUGGUGGCUCUGGGUGUAGGCAGCACUUUGGGUGCAGGUGUCUAUGUACUGGCUGGAGCUGUGGCACGGGAAAACGCAGGACCUGCCAUCGUUAUCUCCUUCUUGAUUGCCGCCUUGGCCUCAGUGCUGGCCGGACUCUGCUACGGAGAAUUCGGUGCUCGAGUUCCUAAGACGGGAUCAGCUUAUCUCUACAGCUACGUGACUGUGGGUGAGCUGUGGGCCUUCAUCACAGGGUGGAAUCUGAUCCUCUCCUAUGUUAUUGGAACCUCAAGCGUGGCCAGAGCUUGGAGCGCAACGUUUGAUGAAAUCAUAGGGCAGCACAUUGAAAAAUUUUGUAUUAAAUACAUGACGAUGGAUGCUCCUGGAGUGCUAGCAAAAUACCCAGACAUCUUUGCUGUGGUGAUAAUCAUCAUCCUGACAGGGCUUUUAGCUUUUGGUGUGAAAGAAUCUGCCCUGGUGAACAAAGUGUUCACCUGCAUCAACGUCCUUGUCCUUGGAUUUGUCAUGAUCUCCGGCUUUGUGAAAGGAUCUGUUAAAAACUGGAACCUGACCGAACAGGACGUUUACAACACCAGCCACAGCAUUUUCAAAGACAAUCAAACACAGGAAGGAAAGCUCUACGGUGUUGGAGGGUUUAUGCCCUAUGGAUGGAAAGGAGUUCUCUCAGGGGCAGCCACGUGUUUUUAUGCUUUCGUGGGAUUUGACUGUAUUGCUACUACAGGUGAGGAGGUAAAAAACCCUCAGAAGGCCAUUCCUAUUGGCAUUGUGGCAUCUCUUCUCAUCUGCUUUGUGGCUUAUUUUGGUGUGUCGGCUGCCCUGACGCUCAUGAUGCCUUACUACCAGCUGGAUACCAAUAGCCCUUUACCCAAUGCCUUUAAAUAUGUGGGUUGGGAUGGAGCCAAUUAUGCAGUGGCUGUCGGUUCCUUGUGUGCACUUUCUACGAGUCUCCUUGGCUCCAUGUUUCCGAUGCCUCGAAUAAUUUAUGCUAUGGCAGAAGAUGGACUUCUCUUUAAAUUUUUGGCUAAAGUCAAUGAGAAGAGGAAAACUCCUUUAGUUGCAACAGUGACAUCAGGAGCUACUGCAGCUGUUAUGGCCUUUCUCUUUGACUUGAAAGAUCUUGUGGACCUCAUGUCCAUUGGGACCCUCCUGGCUUACUCCUUGGUAGCAGCCUGUGUGUUGGUACUGAGGUACCAGCCUGAGCAGCCUAAUUUGGCAUACCAGAUGGCUAGGUCAACAGAGGAGACAGAUAACAAUGAGUCUGUGAGCACCAGUGAAUCGCAGGCUGGGAUUCUGCCAGAGGAAGAGGAGAAGUUUUCCAUCAAAGCCAUACUGUGUUCCACAGAUUCAGAUCCUUCCAAAUUCUCUGGUUUGGUGGUGAACGUCUCAACCUUCAUCAUUGGUUUCCUUAUUGUGGGUAUCUGUAUCCUGACUUCCCUUGAGCCAAACAUUCUGAUAAACACUGUACAGAUUAUUGCUGCCAUCCUUGUUGUCACUAUCAUCUUCAUUAUACGGAAACAGCCUGAAAGCAAAACCAAACUCUCCUUUAAGGUACCUUUUUUGCCCUUUCUUCCUGUUGGGAGUAUUUUUGUGAAUGUUUACCUCAUGAUGCAGCUAGAUGCAGGCACAUGGAUUCGGUUUGCAAUCUGGAUGCUCCUAGGCUUUAUCAUCUACUUUACCUAUGGAAUAUGGCAUAGUGUGGAAGCCAGCUAUGCAGCCUCAGCAGAAGUGGAGAGAAACACAGACACUGGCUCAGACAGCUGUAAAUGACUGUUUGGCUUAUGGGCGACUGGAAGAAUGGCUGCAGUAAAGAAACUUUGUGGUGGCGAUCCCAAACCAGAUGACACCUGUAAUCAGUUAUGCAGGAAUAAGGAAGUGGAAUGCAGGCCUCCCCAACAGUUACUGCAGCCUGCAGUUUGUUUAGCAGCACAGUUAAAAGGGACCACAAGAUAAAAAGACACAACUCUGGCAUAUUCCCAGCAGCACUGGCAGCUCAUGUGGGGCUCUUCCCUCUCUCCCUCUCCUGUUUUGUUUUUUUUUUCCCUGGUGUGUAGAAAGAGAACUGCUUCUGUGUGCAAAUGCUGCUAAGAAACCAGGCCUCACAAAUGUCCUUCUUUCAGUAGUCCCGGGAAUUACCUCCCCACAGAUACUCUACUUGAUUAUACAUGGAGCAGAUUUUGCAGUGCUACUGUCAGGCAUAGACCAGGAUCCAUCCUUCACCUUAUAUGAGCUGUACCCUCUGUAUACAAACAGAAAAAAACAAAAGGUUCUCACCAAACACUAUAUUUCACCAGGCUAACAAAGCACCUGCAAGAUUUGCCUUCUUUAAAGUAUGUCUUACCUUUUUUGUUUUAUUUAACUGGGUUUUUUAGCUACAUGCUCACGUGCUUUAAAGCACGUCACUGCUGUGAAACAUUGGCAAGGUUUGUGGUCGCUGAUUGUCAGGUGAGUGAUUGCUUGCCAGCACACAGGUAACAUCAGCGGGUGAUUCUCCCAACUGUAUGCUCCACAGAGGAAUUUCCAACUUUAGUCAGGAAACCAUGUGGUGCAAGUACUGCAAAGGCUUGAAAACAACAGGUGUCUCCAAAGAGCAGUUCUGCCUCUUUGCCUCAGAAAUCACCAGUGGUGUGGCUGUAGUGGUGGGGGUGGCCAGCAGAACUGAGCUAGCUGUGACAGAAAGUGGAGCCCUCUGUUCCUCCCCCCACAUCAGUUUUGUGUGCUGGCUGCCUGGCAUUAGCAACUUUGGUUUGGCAUUGGUGGGUGGGGCACAUUCCUGCCCUGGGAAGGGAAGCACAGGAGGAUCCUCAGAGACACAAGGUUCUUACAGGAGCAAUGCAUGGUGUCUGCCCCCUGCCCAGGGGAAGCUGUGGCACUGUGUACAGGCUUCUCAGUCCUGGCAGAGCCUAGAGCCCAGAAAACACCAUUAAGCUCUAGGGUCUGAUAUGCUGAGGGGAGCUUUCCCUUUGGGGCUGGGGAUCGUCUCCAGAGCCUGCCUGUAGUGAAAGGUGGGAAACUUGGAGUUGAGACCAGGGUCUGUAUUUGAUUGGCAAUGCCUUGGCUUGGGCUGUAAGGUGGUUUUUUGUUUUAAUUCUCUCUAAUAGCUUUCCCUAGCCAAAUUAAUCCAUUACCCUAAAAAGGCUUAUUAAAGCACUGUGAAGGUGAGCCAUGCCCAAGUAAUGCCACUGAUCUAAAUUAACACUUCAGCUUGUACUGAAAAACAAAUCAUAGAAUUGUGGAAUGGUUUGGGUUGGAAACGGGCCUUUGAAGAUCAUUUGGUUCAGCUUACCUGACAUCAACAGGGACAUCUUUAACUAGAUCAGGUUGCUCAAAACUCUGUCUAACCUGCUCUCAAAUACUUCUGGGGUCAGAGCAUCCCAGAUAGAUGCUGCAGAAAUCCCCUUUCCCGAUGCGAGUGGAUGCUUUCCUAGGUGUCCUUCAUACUACUGCCUCUGAACACUGGACAAUCUUUAAUUUGUUUGUCAGCAUGGCUCUUGCUGAUGAAGCAACAGGCUUUUGUACCUGUAAUUGAGUUGGAGAACUGAACAAACUGAACAGACCCCUGCAUGACUUGCCCAGGGUCUCACCAGGCAUUUGAUGCAGCAGAAGGGGGAAUCAGACUAUCUCCUGGAUUACAUGGUUGGAUUUUGGACCAUUUCUUAUGUUUCCAAGAGACUUUAUAGCUUUUCUGCCUACUGAAGGUUUUUAAUCUUUUAAUUCUAGUACAUUGGGAGGCUCUUCUUGUCAGGAUUGGAAUUUGAGGAAGUGAAGGCAAUGUGUUCAUUGCUCUGAUGUGCACUUCAGGGUGUGUUGAGUGCACCUUGCCCCACAGAAUGAAGUUGUGGGCCUGCUCCAGUCGCUGCGUCUUGACCAUCCACCACGCCUUUGCUCCUUGUGCAUAUACAAAGUCUUAUUCAAGCAGGGAGAGAUGAAUAUAGAAAUUAAAAGCCAUUAAGUUGAAGUCUAUUUUGUUUAAACACAGGCAAGGUCAACACACUCCACAGCUUCCCAAAAGGCACUGUAAAUGUGGUGGGAGGGCAACAAGAUGAAAACCAAGGCAGGAUCAAAGUUUCAUAUUGUACUGAAAAUAUAAGGAUGUUUUUCCUACCUGGCUACCAGCUUCUGUUCAAUGAAAACAUGAAGCUUGUGUCCUUGCCAAAGCUUCAUCUGUGCUGUGCAAGCCUGGUGAAAAGUCUUUCAGGAGGAUGUUGUC